CGAGCAGCGGCCCCGCCCGCAGCGGAAGACUGAAGGGAUUGGUUUCUGCAGUGCCUUGCCCAACCAUCUUUUGACUCCUCUAGACCAGAAGAAAGCAAGGAUGGCAUGCUCACACUAGAACUACCAACAUGUCUCAUGGUGAGCAUGCCUAUGUAGGUGGCGAGAAGGAGGAGAAACUUGUAUCUGUCAAUAACAUGAGCAGAUCUGAAUUACAAUUAGAUGGCUCUACCUACAUCUUCCAGCACAACUGGCUGUCAACUUUCUUGAAAGGCUGUUUUCUAAACCAGUGUGAUGCCUCAGGUGCAGAAGAGAGAGACAAUAAUUAACAAUGUGGCCUACAGCAUCUUGGGAAACAAUUAAUUUUAGUGAAUGGACAGGGGGAGGAAGAAGGAAGGUGCCUGUGCUGAAUGAAGAGACUAUUUGAAACAGCAGAAAAAACCUUGCCCUGUUGUUUUGGAGAGUGAGAUAUCACAGAUGUGACUGCUUGUUCUGUGUGGAGCAUGGAAACACGAGCCUCAUGCCUUCAGGAGUUUUCCUAAUAAAUACUCUACCCUAGAACUCCAUGUAUAUCACUAUCUGUAAGAGAUGUUCCAAAGAUCCCUCAUCUGCCUCACGACCGUCACCAAGGACAGAGAAUGAAACCCUGAAACCCCAUCACAGGAGUUCUGGCCUGGCUGAGGUGGGAUGUCUGCCAAGUGUUGCUGCAGGAGUGUUUGCUGGACCAGAAAACUGGUCAGGAACAAUGGGCAGGUCAUGGUGGACUGGCUGUGCCUGCUGCAGAGGACUGGUCUGUCCUGUACCUGUUCUCUCAAAGGAACCCCCCAUGCUUUGGCCAACUGCCUGUCACUUUAGAAAAGACUAUAAAGAGGACUCCCUUAGUUAACCAACUCGUGAUCACCCCUUGGGAAGACGCAUCUAUUGGCAUCACCAAGAGGACUCCAUUCUUCUUUGUUGGAGAACCCCGGGGGACAUGAAGACCACAUAAACCAUGAUAAAGUUGGUGAUACUUUUCUGCAUCCUACCACAACCCCAUGGCCAGAUACCAGCUGAAUUGCCAUGGUCUGGAGCUACCAUCAGGUACACUGGUGUUCUAGGAUCAUAUCCCACAGAUCAUCACUCGAACCUAGCGACUGUAGUGCUACAUGACUCUAAGAUAUAUCGUCCAAGUGAAUGGAGAUGGGAUCGGGAGGAUUGGAUUAGAACGCUAACUGGAACAAUCGGUGAAAUAAUUAUGGUAGCAUGCAGAAAAGUGGAAGGAUCUCUUUAUGAGAAAGCUUCCACCAUUACAAUUGCUGGAAAUUUUUUAGAACCAGAUGGAAAAAAUUAUUUGCACAUCCCUACAGCAGAACUGUGUCCUACAACGAAGUGGAAGUGUGCCAAACAAAUCCCCCUUGUUUUGUGUUGUCGUCAGGAGUAUGUUGGUAACUACACUUUAAGUCCCAGGACCAACAAUAUUGCAAUUACAAAGGAUUGUAAAAAUGAAUCAACUGAUUGUUGGUAUAGUUUUACUUUAGCCAAACCAACUUAUGUGACAUGCCUUUGGCUAAAUAACUCGACAGAUCCAUUAGGUUUAAAAGGCCUAAUUCACAAAUUUAAGAUAAAUACUAUACCAAAGCCCACAUUGAGUAGAGUAGUUACGCCCCAAAGGGUGGAAGGGACUGAGAGUACCCUUAGUCAAUAUGAUACUGAAUGGCCUUGGUCCCAGGCUUUUGUUCAUUUUACCGGAUCCAUGGGAAAUGUGAAGGAUUUAAAUUUAUCAACUGUUGUUAUGCAUGAGAAUCAGAUAUACACUAGGCAGGAAUGGGAAAAACAAAAAACCUGGCAGCUUCAAGGGGUAGUAGGGGAAAAAAUUAGUAUAGGAUGUCGAAUGAUUAACGGAACUACCCAUAGAAAGGCAACCUCAAUCAGUGUUUUGACAAAUCAGACAAAUAAGCAUGAAAAGGCUUGUAUGCACCCAAGCGUACAGGAUUGUUGGCACAAUUUUACAUUAGCACAAACCGUAGAAGUGGUUUGUCUUUGGUCCAAAAAUACUAAAGGGCUUUCUUUUAAGUUUAAAAUAAAUGCUAUAGCCCAAUCUGUUAAGCAUUAAUGAAUAAAUUGGCUGCCACAACUAGAGAUUUGACCAAAUUACUACAACCACUGCAGUCAUCCUUAUUGGCUUUGGGAACACAUCAGUGGUUAUUAUCAAACAUAUUACCAAAAUGGGGAAAGGUAAAUGUGAAUGACAACAAAUUGGUAAUUGAUGCACUUGGUGCUACACAAAAUAACAUUUUUUGGCCCUCAGAUGUAUCCAGGCACAAUUGUGGAUGCAGUCAGUUGCUGCCUCAAUUAUAAGAGAAGGUGAAGAAGGCAUUUUUCCUACUGAAAUUCAGAAAACAAUUUGGAACAGUGCCACUUAUUUUGAAAGAGAAUUCCAAUCCUGGUGGAACUUAGUGAAUUUUACUUACAACCCCAUUACAAACACAGCCACAGCUUUUGUGUUAACCAUGCAUAAUGCCGCAGUGCAUUUGAUAUUUCCUAUCAUUGCAUUAGGAUUGAACCAUGAUGGAGCUAUUCUCUAUCUGUUCAAGCAUAGGGAAUGGGCCCAUCAAAUUGGUAAGAAAUGGCAAACUGUUAAUUUAGAAUCUUGUAUUGUCCGGGAACAACAAGGGUUCAUCUGUGAAAGUAAUGCAAUUAUAGCUCAAGAUGUUUGUCUGGACACAGAACAAAAUAUCUGUCAUUUUGAAAUUCAUCCUAACGAGACUUCUGAAACAGUACUUGUAUAUAGAGGCAAUUGUUGUGCAUGCUUUAGAACUGCUUGUGAUGUUGUAUUUCUAGAAAAUGUAGUUGUGGAUACUAAAAAUCACUCAAAUUUUUGUGUUUGUAACUUUACCAAAAUUACAGGGUGUGAUUUUUUUUAUUCAGCCCCAGUUACCUCUUAUUGCCUUUUAGAAUCCAAUUAUACACUGAUUCACUAACAAUUGCCUCCCCCCAUUGGGAUGAACCUUACUGUUACAAUGUGUUAAUUGGGUUUUGUAAUGUUUUCUAUUGUAUCCCCUGUUCCCCUUGGAAGCUAUCACGUGGUUUGUCCCUGCUCAGCUGCAUCCAUCCCCCACACUGGAACGUAACCCAACUCUGUUCCACUCCCACCUUAUCCCUGACUGGGCAGUAGCUUGUCCCUGCCUCUAGGCCCGUCUCCCCUGGGAAAAAGCCCUGGGAUGGCCGGGGGCUCACUCUCUCUGGGAUGGGAUGGGGUGGGGAUGGAAACAGAGCUAAAUACUGAGCUCAGGCCGGCAGGGGCAGGACCCCAGAAUAAAGCCGCGAUUCCCGCACGGACAGAGAGCAGACUCUCCUGUUGCCAUCGAGGGUCUCCUGAACGCUCUAAAGAAAAAGGUUCCAGCAGCCUCUCUGGGCAGCUUUAAGGAUCCUGGUGAAGGCAGAUUCCUUCUGGUGUGGGCUCUCUCUCAAGCUAGCCGAGGCUAAAAUGGAGCACGGGCUCCGACGGGGAGAGUCUCAUCACCUUACUUUGGUAAAGAAAUUGUUGCUUCAUCAGGUUUUAAUAGAAAUUUUGGAAAAGAUCAAGGAAAAGGGACAGAAAACCCUGGUGACUGUCCAUCACAAUGUGAAAGAAAUACAUUGUGUUAUGGAAAGGGUAAGAAAGAAUGCCGAACACAGGUGGUGAGAUACUCUUUUUGGGUGGUCACCUACUGCCACAAGUGUCCUGAACAAAUUGUGUCAUCCCAUCAUUGUCCUUUUGAUUUUAUCUUUGAUUGGUUUUGUUUUAUCAGCAAUUUUAUUCAUUAUGAAUUGGAGGAUGAUGAAAUAAUUAACACAACUGAUGUCUAUAAUUAAUGCACACAAUUUGGCCAAUGUCCCCUCCCCUGUGGACACUCCCAAGGCUAUUGGUACAAGGCAAACUAUAUGAAUAAGCCAUAAUUAUGGAUUACAAAAUUUA